UCACCCAUAUCUCACAAUUCAAUAUGUCUUUCUUCUCUUCCUUCUUUCUACUUGUUUCCUUUCUCUUCUCCUCUCCGUGUCUUUCUACUAGAACAUCACCAUUUUUUUCUUCUAAGCCUACAAACCCCACAAAUAAUCAUAAAAUUCGAAGUUAUACAUGGCAUGAAUUUGGGAAAUUUGUGGAUGCCACUAGAGGCAACAACAUCAAUGGGAUUUCUGAGCUCAAGAAAUAUUUUCAUCGAUUCGGGUACUUGAAGAUGGACAACUUGAAUUUUACUGAUUUAUUUGAUGAUCACUUGGAGCAUGCCUUGAUUAAAUAUCAAGAAAAGUUAGGUCUUUCAGUCACUGGAAAACUUGAUGAAAAUACAGUUUCUCAGAUUAUUUCACCUAGGUGCGGCGUAUCCGAUUCUGCCCCUAAAUUCAUGCAUGCAAAGAGACAUUACGCAUUUUUCUCCGGCCGGCCGAGAUGGUCACGAAGUAUACCGAUAACUUUAACGUACGCAUUCUCGCCGGAGAAUGUGAUAACUUCUUUGAGCAAGUCGGAGAUAAAGGAUGCUUUUCGACGUGCUUUUAGCCAUUGGGCCUCGGUAAUACCAGUUACUUUCUUGGAAAGCAAAGACUACGGAUUUGCAGAUAUCAAAAUAGGGUUUUACAAAGGUGAUCAUGGGGAUGGGGAGCCAUUUGAUGGAGUUCUUGGUGUUUUAGCUCAUGCAUUUUCGCCGGAAACCGGGAGGUUCCACCUUGAUGCGGCGGAGACAUGGGCGGUGGACUUUGAUAGAAAGAAAUCAGAUGAGGCUAUUGAUUUGGAAUCAGUAGCUACACAUGAAAUUGGACAUUUGUUAGGGCUGGCUCAUACUUCAGUUCAAGAAGCAGUGAUGUUCCCUAGUUUAAGACCAAGAGAAAAGAAGGUCGAUUUGAAAAUAGAUGAUAUUAAGGGAAUUCAAGCUCUUUACGGUUCAAAUCCUAAUUUUAACGAUCAAGCUCGUUCAGAAUCAGAUACUUCUAUAAGCAAUGGAGUUGCUUUGAGCAAGAGACCAUUUACAUGGUCUAAUUUUAUUUUGUUCUUGAUCUUGUCGAUAGCUAUGUAAAUGUGUGCACAAAAUAGGUUUAGUUUCUAUAUACAGAAGUCUUUGGGUUA